GACCACUAACACAAAUCUGCUGGUUGUGUCAAAUUGGAUUAUAUUUCUCUGAGACAUAACUAAAUCAGUGACGGGCAGCGAGGUGCUUUUACCAACGCGGAUGUAUAAAACACUAGGAACACGUGUUCUUUCCGGGACAGAUUGACCAGACCAGUGCCAUGGCUGCUGACAUCACUAUCCGAAGAUACCAGGAAGAUGACAAGGAGACCGUGAAGGAGAUCUUCACCAUGGGGAUGAGCGAGCACGUCCCUUCCUCCUUCAUGCACCUCCUCAAACAGCCCCUGACCCAGAUGAUCCUGAUGGUCACGUUCUGCGCCCUGCUGGCCAGCUCCAAGUCCGUCCUGCUGCCUGUAGUAGGGGUCACUCUCCUCCUGGCCGGGGCCAAGCAGCUGGUGGGCUACCUCUUCAACAGCUACAUCGACACCUCCCUGAGGAAGGACCUCGACCACAUCCAGGAGACCUACCUGGAGAACAAGGACUCGUGUUUCUGGGUGGCUGAGAGCGACGGCCGGGUGGUGGCAACGGUGGCCUGCCUGCCUGCGGAGAGGGAACCAGGCUGCAUGGAGCUGAAGAGGUUGUCUGUACGGCGUACACACCGGAGGAUGGGCAUCGCCAAGGCCCUCAGCAGGACAGUGGCAGACUUCAGCAGGGAGAGGGGCUUCCCUGCGGUCGUCCUCUACACGUCUGUAGUGCAGACUGAUGCACAGAGGCUGUAUGAGAACGUGGGCUACACACGGGUCAGAGAGUUCGUCAUCCCUGAGCCCAUCGCCAAAAUCACCAACUUUACCCUGAUAGAGUACAGACUGGACUUACUGCAGGGGGGAAAUAGGAGGAGGACUGGACUUACUGCAGAGGGGGAAAUAGGAGGACUGGACUUACUGCAGAGGGGAAAUAGGAGGAGGACCGGACUUACUGCAGGGGGGAAAUAGGAAGAGGACUGGACUUACUGCAG